GUGUUCUGUUUAGUAAAAAGAUUUGUUGCUGGAUUCAUUAGUAGCGUUUUCACUGCAGCUGGUUUUUAUGCACUAAGAUUCAUUCUUUGGAGUUAUUUAGAAUAUGACAUUUUGACUAAUCUAGAUAACUGAGCGGUUAGCUUAAGUUAUUUUUUGCAGUUUAUCAGCUGUUAGGAUUUUAAUUAAUGAAUGACUUACACAUAAUUUAGCUAUGUCUUAUUCUGGUGGUCCUACGGGUGUUUCUAAUAAAGUUGGAAUUACUUCACCAGUGGGUAGUGAUGCAGCUGGCUAUAAUAGUUGCAUGAAAGAUCCGAAUAAUUCAGCUAUACGUAGUUCUAGUACAGGUGAUACUUCAAUUACAACUGACGCUCAAAAAUUACAGCAGAAAAUUGUUAAAGUAGGAAAGGAGAUACAGUACCAUCGUGAACAAUUUGAAGGUGCUAAAGAGCAGUUUAAUGAGAUUUUAUCUGUAGAACAUAUGUAUACAUAGCAGGGCAGACGAGAUGAAUGAGAAACAAUAUAUAAAGCACGUCUCUCUGCAGUAAAGGAUUGUGACACUAAUCUAUCUAGUGAACUGAGAAGGCUUGAUAUACUACAAACAAAAUUAAAUAAUGCAGAUUAUUCUACGUCUUCUACAUCUUCUAGUACUAAACGUAGAUUUAGGGAUUGUUCUGUGGCUGAUAAUGGUUCUAGUACAGCUGCUAAUAAACGUAGAUCUGGUUAUGAGUAGCUUUAUCUAGUUAAAAAGCUUACAAAAUUCUCUAUCAUUUCACUUAACCACUAUAUUUCACAGUUAUAUGCCUAUUGUUGUAGAAUCUGUAUCAUUAGAGAAAGUCUUAUCACUAUUGCAAGAACAAUAGUAAAAUAAACUUGCUCUAAAUAAAACUUGCUUUUAUAUUAAAAAAGA